UUUUUUCUGAUCGGGGUAGGUGUGGCGUCCGGGAGGGGACUCUGGUCUGCUUAGUGCCCCCGCCCCUAACAAGGAAAAAUGUCAGUGAAAAGUCUCGCUCAGGGGGAGCCACUCUGUGGGGCGGGAGAAAUAAUCAGACAAGAGACCUGAUAAAACAAUUAUGAGCGCGUUUGUUUAAGCCGGAUGUCUCGCUUUCUAGACUGUCUCUGUUACUGCUACUCAGGAGAAGUAGAAGAGUAGGUUACGAAAAGAGUGAGACGGGGAUUUUUCAUUAUUUGCUACCAACAUUUCUUAGGAGUGAAUUUCACGUUUUAACCUAAGAUUUAUUCUCUCCUUUAUAUCGCAAUGGAAUGUCGAAAUGACGGGUGUCCCAGGACCCACGAGGAGGAUAUCAUGGACAUCCCCCUGGAUGACCCAGAGGCCAACAAGGCUGCUGCAAAGAUCCAGGCCAGCUUCCGUGGUCACAUGACACGCAAGAAAAUGAAGGAAGACAAACCCAGAGACGAGAAGCGACAGGAGCCGAAGUAGAGGAGAGAGUGCUGACGCGUCAGCUUGAACUAUGACGCUGAGGUCACUGUAAUAAUCACGUCACUGUAAUAUCAAGAGCUCUCAUAACGAAGAGAAAUUGUCACCGUACCGUACAACACAAAUAGAACUAGAUCCAGGUUUGGAAUGCCCCCACUGAUGAGUGAACAAACGCACACAUCUGUAUCCACAAACCCACUCUCCCCCUCUAGUGUAAGGGUAGAUAUGUCUGCAGCCAAAAAUAUUGUAAAAUAUGUACUUUUUUUAAACAAAUCAAGUGCACUCGGGUGAAAAGUUGGUUUUGAUGGGUUUAAACGGGGAACAAGCACUUAGCUCCUCCCUGAGCAAGUAUAAUGGCAAUGUUGCAAGGUAAUGGCAUAUUGUGGACAGUUGUUGUGGGUAAAUGUACUUUAUGUGCACACUUAUCAUUGUAUACAUUUUACAAUAAAGAAGUAUGCAUUUUCUGAUCUGACAGUUGAAAACUAUUUUUUAUGUGUGCGUGUCACCAAAAGUUAUAUUUAUUUAUGUACAAUUGAUAAGACUGCUUUGUAUGUAUUAUUUAACAUAUUUAUUAAUGUGUAUGUUUUGUUAAUUACAGGCAGAUGAUGUAAUGGCUCUAUUUCCUUGUAAGCUUAAUUUGACUUUCUUUGGUUGUCGUUGUGUACAUAGUACACAGACAGUAUAGUAACUGUAAAGUACAUAAAUGGUUCAAUAAAAAGUAAGUGUGAAAGUU